GAUCCAUUGUAAGUGAUGUCAUCAGGUCCUGGAUCAGAAUAUGGUGAUUAAAGUGUCUUUAUGUUAUUAUCAAUGGUCACAUGAUCACCAGCCACUGUUAUGUUAACACUACACACAGCUGUGAUAAAAAUGAACCUGGAUCCCUCUGUUUCAGGUUUGUUUAACUCAUGUAAAACUAGUCUAGAGUUUUAGGAUACAAAGUAAAUUGAGGAAAAUGUGAGUUUCUGCCCUUACAAAUCAACAAACAAAACUUUAUAGUAACCCAUACUUGAAAAUGAAAACUGAGCACAGACACUCUUGUAACCAUACUAUUUAACCACAAAUUAUUCCACGAAAAUAUAAUGAAACAUUUUUACACAAUUUUUAAAAUUGAAUGCUAUAAAAUGAAUCAGGGUGACACAAGGAAAACUCAACAGCCCUUUUGCUGUAAAAAAAAAAAAAAACAACAAAAAAACAAAGACAAUUUAAAAUACCAAACAGAUCAAAUUAGAUAUUACACUCUAUCACCGCUGCACAGAAUGGGAAUACACAAUGACUGUAAAUGCAUAAAGUGUGGUGCUGCUGAAGGAACUCCAUCAGUGCUGUAUUAACACUGAAGAGAGCAGCUGAAGUUCAAGCAUGAUAACCGUAAUUAAUGGGUUUAAUGGUUCAGUUGAAGGUUGACAAUAUUGAAUAAAAACAAAAAAAGACUGAAAGAUAAAAGUAAAAAGGAAAGGACUCAGAGAGGAAGGAAAGACACAAAUACAAGACAAGGGAUAAAUACAUCAUGGGUUUGACUGGCUGAGGACAUCACUCAGAUAGCUGAGCCUUCACCUGAGAAUCCCCAGUGUUACUACAGGGGGUCAGUGUGCGCCUUGUCUGGUUAAUGUUCACACACUGACAACAUCAAUGUGCAAAGGUCACAGCUGAGAACAGAGAGGACUCAUUUGUUCCUGACAGAGACACAGGCAGCAGGUGAAGAGGAGGAAGACGUCAGGGAUCAGCAUGGUGGCUGUCACAGAGCUCCAGAAGAUCGGUGUGGGUGUGACGGGCUUCGGGCUGUUCUUCCUGCUCUUUGGUGUGCUGCUGUACUUUGACUCAGUCUUGUUGGCCUUUGGGAAUGUCUUGUUCCUGAGUGGAUUGACGUUCAUCAUCGGCUUGAGAAGAACAGCCCACUUUUUCUUCCAGAGACAAAAGUUUCGAGGCUCAUUUUUCUUCCUGGGAGGCGUGUCUCUGGUGCUGUGCCGCUGGCCAAUCAUUGGAAUGCUGGUGGAGAGUUACGGCUUUGUGCUUUUGUUCAGGUCCUUCUUCCCCAUGGCCUUAGCAUUCGUGCUGUCAGCUGUGAACAUCCCCUUCCUCAACGCAUUUUUCUCCAGCAGCUCCUCCAUGGUCUGAGCAGAACAACAUGUUACAGCAGUGAAGGAGCCCAGCUGGAACUGGACGUCAGAAAGGCGUUGGACUCUAACAAUGGACACAUUUUUGUUGGAAAUGAAAAUCAGGUUGAUGUCAAAACCCAACGUUGGAUUGACAUCAACAUCCAACGUUGGCCUGAUGUUAAAUUUUAGUUGGAAAUGAAAAUCAGGUUGACGUCAAAACCUAAUAUGUGUUUGACAUCGACAUCCAACGCUGGACAGUUGAAUUUUGGUUGGAAAUCAAAAUUGGAUAUUCAUCAUAACCCAACAUUAGCUGUAAAAUUACAACUUAAAAGAAAGAUGAUGAAAUUGAGAUAGUAUGGAUCUUGUUUGCAUCACAAACUUUUAACAGAGCCACAUUUUAAGUUUUUUUUUGGGGGGGGCAUUUUUGCCUUUAUUUACAUAGUGAAGUGAGAGACAGUCAGGAAAGUCAGGGAGAGAGAGGGGAUGACAUGCAGCAAAGGGCCACAGGUCAGACUCGAACACAAAGCCACUGCAGUUAGGACUAAGCCCAUGGACAGAGCCGCAUUUGAGUUGUAAAUGAAAAAUCAACAUGCUGAGAAACUUGGAUGUCAUACGUUAGACAGAUGUCAAGCUGUCAGACAGACUCAAAGUAUUGGUCAGGGAGGGACUCAAGGCAGGACUCAGACGCAGAGAAUAAGAAAACAAUGGGCUUUAUUGAAAUCACCGGUGACCUCAGACAGAGUGAAAAAUAAAUGGCUAUGAAAAGGCUAGUCACUAAAUUCUGAAGUCUGAGAAAACAAAAUCACUCCAGGAGGAGGGGAAAACGUUCUAAUCAAAAAAACAAAAGGUAAACACAAAAUGCUCCGUAAGGAGGAAAAACCUGACUUAAUAAUAAAGAUAAACCAAAAUAAUCAACUAACGCCACCAAGUGGAGGAUCUAAGAUAAUCAAUAGAUUACACGAAACAAAAAUCACUCAUAACGAGGAAAAACAAAGGGCUAUGAACAUUAGCUAAGGCAAGAAAUUAAAAAACAAAAAAAAUCACUCUUGACGAGGAACAAACGUCUUACUUUGAAGGACACUAUGGCUGUGGGCAUGGACAAAGGCUCAGGUGCAGGUUAAUGACAAAGACACUCUGGCACAAGACAAGGGGAACACAGACUAUUUAAACACAUGGAGGGAAAUAGGGCACAGGUGGAAACACUUAGGGCAAUCAGACUGAGACACAUGAGGAAGGGCAAGUGACCUGAAACGAGAAGAGAGGUACUUUUCAAAAUAAAACAGGAAAUGACAGGACAAAACAAAACCAGGACAAGACAACCUCACCACGGUGUGAGAGUAUUCAUUUUAAGAUAUAAGCAGAGAAAAGUUUCACUUUAAAAUCUUAGAGAAAUUGUAAUACACAAAUGUAAUUCAUCCAAUAAAACCACAAAAGACAUGCAAUGGGGUUAUCAAAAUAACCUUUUAUUGUAAGAUUUAUGAGCUAAAUUGUCCUUUUUUCUUAUGACUUAUAUUAACCAUUGCUAGCUGAACACCAUGAUGACGUUUUGGGUUAUUUCACAGAAUGAAUUUAGGGAUACCACCAGUCUGUAAUAAUUUUACGAUGAGUUGGCAACAUCAGCACAUAUUUGCAAACCUCCUCAGUUCAUGUCAGUUAAAGAAAGACAGCUUCAUCAAGUAUCAAGUGUAACAAGACAUGAUUCAAUUAAUUAAAAAAAUGCUCCCACA